AUGGCCAAAGGAAGCUGUCUCUGUGGCGAUGUCACAUUCGAGUACCAGGGCGAGCCAGCAGCAAAGGCCGCCUGCCACUGCCUCCCAUGUCGCAAAACAUCUGGUACGACCAAUUCAUACAAUCUCAUGAUCCCAAGCGACAAGUACAAGAUUUUGUCCGGCUCGUUGAAGACGUUCACCAGGAAGGGAGACAGUGGCAAGAAUGUCACGUACAAUUAUUGCCAGAAGUGUCCUACUGUUCUUUACGUGCAGGCAGAGGCUAUUGAUGGUAUUAACAUUGUCAAGAUGGGCACGCUUGAUGAUGAGGAUGUUUAUAAGAAUUUGGGCAAGCCAGCCAUGGAAAUCUACACAAAAAACAGGCCCAGUUGGUGCCAGGCUAUCGAAGGUGCUCAGCAGAAAGAGGGUGGCUCUUAA